GAGAUUAUAUUUGGAUCAAACCACAAAAUCACGGCGAGUUUGAUAUUUCAAUUGGUGCAAAAAUUUUGGAUAUCAAUAAUGAAACAUAUUACGUUGAAGAUGAUGACGGAAAACAAUAUUCUGUUCCAAUUGACUCAGACACUCAGCUUAUGCACCCAAGUUCUGUUCGAGGUGUACCCGAUAUGACCUCUCUUGGCGAACUUCAUGAAUGUAGUAUUCUACGAAAUUUGCUUCUUCGCUACCGAUCAGAUGAAAUUUAUACUUAUACUGGGUCAGUACUAAUAGCAAUCAAUCCCUAUUGUUCUCUGCCGAUCUAUACUGAUCAAAUUACACGACAGUACACAGACAAGCCAAUUGGGCAAUUGCCACCUCACUUAUUCGCCAUAGGAGAUAAUGCCUAUCGACAAAUGCUUCGCGAUUCACAUGAUCAAUGUAUCAUAAUCAGUGGUGAAAGUGGUGCAGGCAAGACUGAAAGCACCAAGCUUCUACUUCAGUUCAUCACGGCGAUUAGUGGAGGCGAUUCCAAUGUCGGCAGACGUAUCCUCGAUUCAAAUCCCAUCAUGGAAGGUAUGUAA